CUCCGGGUCCUCUGACGCGCACUCCAGCGAAACACUCUCCACCAACAAAGCGCGAGCCGCCUGCACAACAGAUGGGGAGGCAAUAUUGGAAUCUUCGCGUGCGUUGGUAGACAAUACAAACGGUUGUGUUUUUAAACGCGGUUCCAGGCGAAGAUACAACUUUGUGCCAACAGAGGAAGAGGGUGGAGAUUUCUGCGGACUCUUCAGCUGCAGAGACGCUGGUUUACCAAGAGUGGCCAUGCCAUUUGGCUGUUUAUCAGUGGGGGAGAAGAAGGACUACAACAGCCCUUCGGAGGUGACAGAGAAAUAUGACCUGGGCCAGAUUGUCAAAUCGGAGGAGUUCUGUGAGGUCUUCAGAGCCAAGGAUAAGAACACACUGAAAAUGUACACCUGUAAAAAGUUCCUGAAGAAAGACGGCAGAAAAGUGCGGAAGGCUGCAAAGAAUGAAAUCUUCAUCCUGAAAAUGGUGAAGCAUCAAAACAUCCUCCAGCUGGUGGAUGUCUAUGAAACCAGAAAAGAGUACUUCCUCUUCCUGGAGCUGGCCACAGGUAGAGAGGUGUUUGACUGGAUUCUAGAUCAGGGUUACUACUCGGAGCGGGACACCAGUAAUGCGAUCCGGCAGGUGAUGGAGGCGGUGGCCUAUCUACACUCCCUCAACAUCGUCCAUAGGAACCUUAAGUUGGAGAAUCUGGUCUACUACAACCGGCUCAAACAUUCUAAAAUAGUCAUCAGUGACUUCCACCUGGCCAAGCUCGAGAACGGCCUCAUCAAGGAACCGUGCGGAACCCCUGAAUACCUGGCCCCGGAGGUGGUCGGGAGGCAGCGGUAUGGUCGUCCUGUGGACUGCUGGGCCCUGGGAGUUAUCAUGUACAUCCUUUUGUCGGGAAACCCACCUUUCUAUGAUGAAAGCGAUGAUGAUGAUUAUGAAAACCAUGACAAGAACCUGUUCCGGAAGAUUCUGGCAGGGGACUACGAGUUUGAUUCCCCGUACUGGGACGACAUUUCAGACGCAGCUAAGAGUCUGGUAGUUCGUCUGAUGGAGGUGGACCAGGACCUCAGGAUCACAGCACAAGAGGCCAUUAACCAUGAAUGGAUCUCUGGAAAUGCUGCUUCAGAUAAGAACAUCAAGGAUGGUGUCUGCGCCCAGAUAGAGAAGAACUUCGCCAAAGCAAAAUGGAAGAAAGCGGUUCGGGUCACGACCAUCAUGAAGAGGCUGAGAGAGCCUGGAACCACAGCAGGAGGAGCCGCAGGAACCACAGCAGGAGGAGCGGAAGGAGCCACAGCAGGAGGAGGAGGAGCCACAGCAGGAGGAGGAGGAGCCACACAGGAGGAACGGAAGGAGCCACAGCAGGAGGAGCGGAAGGAGCCACAGCAGGAGGAGCGGAAGGAGCCACAGCUGGAGGAGCGGAAGGAGGAGGAGCCACAGCAGGAGGAGCGGAAGGAGCCACAGCAGGAGGAGGAGGAGCCACAGCAGGAGGAGGAGGAGCCACAGCAGGAGGAACGGAAGGAGCCACAGCAGGAGGAGGAACCGCAGGAGCCACAGCAGGAGGAGGAGGAGCCACAGCAGGAGGAACCGCAGCAGGAGGAGCGGAAGGAACCACAGCAGCAGGAGGAGGAGCAGCAGAGGAAACAGCACUCAGCCAAGCCACUGCUGCCCAGGACAGUCCUCUUCCUGAGACGGAGGCCCCAGCUGCCCCAAGCAGCUCUGCUGUUUCAGACGAGCGUUCUACUGCACCCCCUCCAGAAGCAGGAGAGGAGGCGGGGCCAGCAUGUGCCACACCCCCUGUGCCAUUGCCAGCUGAGCCUGUAG